AAUAGACGAGAAGAGUCGAACUCCACACGAGCCAUUGCUACUCUGUGACGUACAGUAAUGUUUUUAACUUCUAUCUUAUCGGCACAGCAAUGACAGAGCUUCGGAAGACAGCGGUUAGGAAUAGAAUUCCUUUGACGAGUAGCAGGAAAGCACGUUUCAAGUACGGUUUCUGUUUCGUAGUCAUUGCGUUUCUUUUUGUGGGAACAAAAAGUUGGAGAGGAUUGCAGUCGACGGACAUGAGUAAUUAUUUACCAAACGCCAAUGAAUUAAAACUGCCUAAAAAGUAUGUGGAACGCCAUCCCGAAAAGAGCCCGAAAAAGAAUUCGAAGAAGGCUCGUAGAAAGGAGAUCCGACAUUUCCCCGUACAGGAUGGUCCAAUAGACUGGAGCGACAAGAUUUUCCGACGGAUGGAAUGGGACAACGAUCCUGUUGUUAUUGAAUCGCACAAGCUUCUUUUCUUCACAGUUCCAAAAAACGCCUGUUCGGAGUUCAAAGUAUUGUUUCGACGAAUGAUGGGUUUCAAAGAUUGGAAAUCAGCCGGAUCGCUUUCAGACAAAACGCACAGUCCAGAUAUAAAUGGUUUGAGGUAUCUGGGGUCCUAUCCAAGAACGAAGCAAGAAGAAUUCAUGACUUCCUCGGAUUGGACGCGUGCAAUCUUUGUUCGUGAUCCAAUGGAACGGCUCUUGUCCGCAUAUAUUGACAAGGCUAUAAAAGUCCACAAAUCAUACUUUGGGGGGAUACCGGGAGGAUAUAUUAAAAACCACUGUUGUGGAAUAUUGCAUCACGAAACACCAGAAAAACGGAAAAUUAAGAACAAAUCACUCGAGAAGGAUAAACCAAAAUGUCUUUCUUUGCUUCCAUUCGAAAAACCCGUAACGGAAGAACUUUUGUCAUUCGAAGAUUUUGUCGAAUAUUUCAUGGCACAAUGCAGAGAUCCUCAUUGGAAAGCCCAGUCCAAACGGAUGACAGAGUCCAGCUGGAAGUUGAUCAAUUUCGUUGGUUAUUUUGACAACUUACAAGAAGAUGCGCACCGGCUACUGCAUCGUAUUCGAGCCUUUGAUGAGUAUGGGUCGGGGUGGGGACCACAAAAUAGAACCAUUUUUGAAAAGAAUAUACAGCCUCACGCAACAUCGUCCAAAGAAAAACUUUCCCAAUUUUAUAGUGGAAGUAAUUCAAAGUUGAAACGCUUGGUAUUAGAACACUAUCGCGACGAUUACGAGAACCCGGUGAUGAACUUGACUAAACCGAAAAUCUGGGAGGAAUAUAUGGGUCCUCGUAGUCCCGAUGGGAUGUAAUGCAAUAGAACAGAAAAUCACCUCUACAGAGCAUAAGCCGUUUUAUCCUUUGUUGCCUUAGGAUUUAAUAAAAAAAAAGACAUUUCUUGCAUCAGCAGCUUGCAUUAGCUGCAUGAUGAAUCUGGACCAACAACACUGCUGAUGUAAUCCUUGUGCUGUAGGUGCUGGUUUUGUUGCUUAUUUCUUGUUUCUUGCUUACUUGUUCUUUGUCUGGUAGUAAGGAUCUGCAUACUACUCACCAAACAGGAGAAAGCGCUGAAAGAAGUGUUGAAGGACAUGCAUUUUUGGAUUCAUUGUUUGUUUGCAUUGUGCAAAAAAUGUACCAUUAAUUGAAAAAAAUGCUUCUGUAGCUGUCAAACGCAAAAAAUUAAAGCCCGAACAUGCAAAAUGACGUAUCGAACGGUAUGGUACGGUACGUACGGUACUCGUACUACUACCUGGAAUUCCGCGACGAAGUUGCUUCCUUCGAGAAUAGGAGCAAUUUUUCGUACCGUAGGUACAGUACAUAAGAUACCGGUAUAGAGAGGGCGCGAUAUGACUUUUCACGACUGCGAGCUCCAGAACAACUACGUCGGAAGUAUGAUACGUAACUCGCCUAUUUGUUUUCAAUCCAGUGCAAAGUAAAAAGUGCAGGACUCGCAGCCUUCACACUGUCCUCUAUCAUGGCUAGCAAUAUCCUGAAAGCAGCUGCAGCUGCUGCAUUAGCCGCAAACGGAGGUGUCGUUCAAGAGUGCCCCGGAGAGGGGGCUCCUUGGCCAAAAUAUCACGAACCCGAUGUUUGUCGAAGGAGACCGAUAUAUCCCGUGGAUGACGAUGGAGCUCGGAGGGUGAGAUACGAAGCUCUAAAAGAGAGCGGUGUGGGUGCAUCGCUCGUACCCAACACCGAAACAGUAACCUGUCCAAUGGGAGAGGUCAAAUCUCUCGAAAAUCCCACGGCGAUGAAGGGAAUCGACACCUCAUGGAUUGUUGAAAACACCUCGAAGAAAAGUGUUGUUCUGGCAUGGAUUGUAGACGGCAUUGCGCAUUCGCCCUUUCACCCCGAUAUGAAACCAAUGGAAGAUUCCCAUGCAAUUUUGAAACCCGGAGGUGAGUGAAUACAAACAUACCGAGUCAAGAUCAAAGGCGCAAGCCGUGUCGCAAGUCCAGAUUAUUGCUCACUUCAUUUUCUCCUUUGUCUUUUUUUGCCGCUUCGCAAUAGAAUGGGCUGCUGUGCCAACGUUUGAGUCAUUUGUUUAUCACGUUCAUGAAAUUGACGAAGAUGGCAAUAUGGGAAAUGUGGUACUACAACACCGAGCCGGUAAGGUAGAUUAUUGACUGGGCAUUACUCAAAUGCAU